GCAAUGGGAAGGGGAAGGAAAUUCCGCGCCCAAACCUACACGACACGUCCAUACAAGACGAUUCCACCAUCUGCCCGUCGUGUGCGCGUCAAGGCCUCUUCGCCGUUGCGCCCGUGCCUUUAGCGUGGCCAUCGAUCCAAACAUUAUCUUUCAGUUUUGGCCCUCUCACAACACAGACACCGCAAAACGCUCUUCUCAGCCCGCCACCCCCCCAACGCGACCCGUGAAGCCAAAUCCGACCCCAUCACCGUCAUCAGCAAACAUCCCGCCAUCUCGCGACACGACAUUUGCGCCGGUUUAUGUCGAUUAGGCGGUGCGCCGGGUGGUCUCCAGGCUCCCCAGGCCGCAUCCCUCGCCCUUCCUGAAUGGAUAAAGUCACGCCCGCGGAUCGCGACAUCAACUCCUCCCCCGCGCACGACGCUGCCCACGCCCACGACGAGCCCGACGCCGCACACGAUGCAUCCACGCUUCUGGAGGAUGGCGCCCCCGUAAUCAAGGAGGAACAAGGGCCUGCGCCUGUAAAUGGCGACCAUGGUGGCGUCAUGGAGCGCCCAGCCAAGCGGCGGAGGCUCGACGACACGACACCCAGUCGCUCUGCAUCACGGCCCAUAUCGCCGCCCUGGAAGGCUUUCACCGCCAAUGGCCCCACGACCGUCUUCGAGAAUGGCGUUAGGAAGUCAUCGCGCGUAAACAGGGAGACGGCCCCGCCCACACCCGAGCCUGUCAAGCGGAGCUCGCGCCACACGACCAAGGCAACCCAGACGAACGGCACCCCUAAGAAUGGUGUCAAGCGCGAGGUGCGCAAUGUCUCAGGGCCCGCGUCGCUUUCCAACGGGAAGGCACCGCCUGCUCGUACCAGGAAGGCGCCUGCCACGCCCCUAGUCACGCCCGCGCGCAAGUCGGAGCGACAGAAGAAGUCUUCCGCUCUCGCAAAACCAUCUUCGCCCCCGUCGCCAGCCUUGCUGAAUGGCUCGCCUGAGAGUACACGGAAGCGAUCUGGGCGGCUUCGACGAGCGACACAGGCUUCCACAGAUGGUCACGGUGACGAUUCGUUCGAGGCGCCCGCGACCAACGGACACGACCCGUAUGCUGGUCUAUAUGCAUCGCCCGACGACUCCAACCCUUCCGGCCCCGCCCCUCGUCUUCGCCUCAAACUACGUAAGCCCGACCCUCCGAACCGUCACCCGCAACAUGCCCCGCCCAAGACAGAGUACGCUUCACUGGGGGAGUGGUUGGAGCAUGAUGAUCCGUUGGAGACCGAAGAGACACAGCGAGUCUCCAAAGAGAAUGCGGAAGAGGAGGCUCAGCGCCGCUUGCAGAUUGUUCAUGCAGCUGAGCACGGAGUUUUGAGCCGCGCAAGAUGCAGCGUCUUUGCGCCCGAGGCUGCCCCAGAGCCACCACCACAGUACGCCCAUUGGGAUCAUGUCGUCGUGCACGCCCUGCAUUUUAACAAGCUGCUGAAGGAGGAGAAGGCGUAUCAUCGUCGGGUAGCAAAGACUUUAGCACGAGAGGCAUACGAGUACUGGAAGAACAAGUUCAAGCGGAAGAGCCAGGAUGAGAUCAACCAAGAGGAGGCAGAGCGACAAGCCAUUCGGUACCGGCAGCUGGUGAAGGAUGUCAAGGAUGCCUGGGGUCUUGUCAAAUUCGAGAUCGAUAAAGAGCGUGUGGCCAAGUGGGAAGAGGAGCAGCUCCAGCUCGGACACAAGGCAAUGGACGAUAUGUUCAACCACGCCCAAGAGAUCCUAGGUCGUAAUGUUGGCGAUGGGGCGUCUUCCCUGGUUAGCGAAGACCGCGACUUUGAUGGCGAAGAGGACGACUCUGAAACUGGAGGCUCGGUUGCAUCUAACCGUCAGAUCAACAAGGAUGAUGUCAUGUCUUCGGGUUCGGAUAGUGAAGAGGAGGGUGUUCAGGACGAGGAUGCGAACCUCACCGCUGAACAACUACGCGCCAAGUAUGGUCAGCUUCCAGAUCUUCCGGAUAGCAGCUCAGACGUGGAGGCGGCGUCGGAUGUAGAUGAAGACGUAGGAGACGAUGAAGAAGAGGGUACCCCGGCGCCAACACCUGAUUCUGAACUCGAAUUGGAGGAUGUUGACCAACAACCCGAGAAACCGUUGCUUCAUACGAACGGUUUUCACGAAAACGACGAAGGCGGCGACCACGAACAGAAGACCAGUUACAUUGAUCCCGCGGCAAUCGAGCUUGAGCAGGUUGACGAGGCUCUACUGGACUCGGACGACGAAGAUGACGCAUCAGAAUCCGGUAGUGAAGCUUGGUCCAGUGCUGAUGAGGAUUCUGAGGCAGAUGAGGACAUGGAAGAGCAGGCAGGCGAAUCCGAUGCCGCGUCUGAUGAAGGUAGUGAGGAGGGCGAUGUAGGCAUGAUGGGCUUCCUGGCCCCAAAGGAUAUCAAGAAGCUGAAAGAAGCCGCCAAGGCUGUGAUCGAGGACGAGCAGUCGCAAGAUGCUGCGUCACAUGUAGAACAAACGAAUGGUCAUGCCCCAUCACCAAUAGAUGUCGACACGGAGAAGCCGUACAUCAAUGGCACCCACUCCGUCGUGGACGACGACAAGCCGCACACCAACGGAGACACUGUGGCACACGAACCAACACCUUUAAUCGAGGCCACGGAACGUACACCAAGCAAGGAAGUCAAUCAAGAGAAGAGCUUGUCAAGGUCUCGCCAUACGUCUUCGCCAUUGCGGACAGAGGUCCCGUCGCUCCUGCGUGGUACACUUCGAGAGUAUCAACACGAUGGACUUGACUGGCUUGCAAAUUUAUACGAGUCUGAGACCAACGGCAUAUUGGCCGAUGAAAUGGGUCUCGGCAAGACCAUACAGACCAUCUCUCUCCUCGCUUAUCUCGCUGUUCGCAGAGAAAUCUGGGGACCGCACUUGGUGGUUGUGCCUACCAGUGUUAUGCUUAAUUGGGAAAUGGAGUUCAAGAAAUUCUUACCGGGAUUCAAGAUCUUGACAUACUAUGGUGACAUCAACGAGCGAAAGCGAAAACGUAUGGGCUGGCGCAAUACUGGCAAGGAUAUGUACAAUGUUGUCAUCACCUCAUACCAGUUGAUACUGCAGGAUGCAGCAGCGUUCAAGAUGCGCCCUUGGCGCUAUCUUGUCCUGGACGAGGCGCACAACAUCAAAAAUUUCAAGUCGCAACGUUGGCAGACUAUGCUAAACUUGCGCACCGAGCGACGACUACUGUUGACUGGAACACCAUUGCAGAACAAUAUUGAUGAACUCUGGUCCUUGCUGUACUUCUUAAUGCCUGCGGGGUUUGCUGGAGAGGGUCGCAUUGCUGGUUUAGAAGAGUUCACCAUGGCCUUGAAGAACCCAACAUCGCAGAUUCUGGACCAAGGCCGCCAACAACUCGACGCAGAAGCACAAAAGAUUGUCAAGAAGCUCCACGAAGUACUCCGACCGUACCUGCUUCGAAGGCUAAAGUCGGAGGUGGAGAAGCAAAUGCCAGGGAAGUAUGAGCACGUCGUAUAUUGCAAGCUCUCCAAGAGGCAGCGGCAGCUUUACGAUGGCUUCAUGGGUCGUGCGUCCACCAAGGAGAUCCUGUCUUCCGGCAACUACAUGUCUAUCAUCAACUGCCUCAUGUCCUUGCGCAAGGUCUGCAAUCACCCCGAUCUGUUUGAAACCCGUGCGAUUGUCACGUCGAUGGCUAUGCCAAAGUCCGUUGCUGCUCAGUUCGAAAUAAAAGAUCUUCUUGUUCGAAGGCGAAUGCAUGAGGGCCUAGAAGACAAUGAAGUGAACCUUGACGCACUGAACCUGGUUUUCGCGCGGCGUGAGCAAACUCAACUGGGACAUGCUCGACGAGCAUACCAAAUCCGUGCAACACGACCCUUGGAGGACUUGAUCGAGCGGCAGACCCGCCGCCUCAACAAGACUUUUGACGCGAACACAUCCUCGCUACAGUCUGCCAUGGCAGCGAUGGCGAGGAGGGAGCAGAUAGCUGUUCGAGAUCAGUUGCAAACCUGCCUUGCCUUAACUCGCGCUCGCACCCAGUUCAUGCCUAUCUAUGGGAAGGACAUAAUCGAUGCCGUUACUGUAGACUGGCACGAUCAUACUUUCGGUGCUAUACGGAAAGGAAAAAGAGUUCCGAGGCCCAGACUCCUGCAAGCGCCCUUCUACCAAUCGUUACAGCCUGCAAACCCUUAUGGCGCAGCUCAACCCUUCGGCGGAGCACACGUGCAACGCAAGCAAGAGGAGGUCGAAGGUCAGUACGACAUCAUUAGACGGUACCAUGGCAACCUCGGCUUCAGAUCUCCCCACUCCAUCGCCGCAUCCCGGGAAUGGAACAACCAACAAAUCAUGCACUUCUUCGGCAUGGUUCCUACGCUCCAACAGCGUGCCGAAGUCCUCAAACCACUCAUCACCCGCUUCACAUGCGUUACGCCCGCCGUCGCUGCCGAGGAACUUGCCCCGCUAACUCUGUCAAAACGCGGCGUCCAACUCAUCCGCUCCUCGCCUGUCGCACUACGACAAGAAGAUCCUUUUCAUGAAUCACGAAUUAGACAGAGUAUUGCCUUCCCCGAUAAGCGACUUCUACAGUAUGAUUGCGGAAAACUACAGAGAUUAGCUACACUGCUUAGGGAUCUGCAGGCCGGCGGCCACCGCGCCCUAAUCUUCACCCAAAUGACCAAAGUCCUCGACAUCCUUGAGCAAUUCCUCAAUAUCCAUGGGCAUCGCUACCUUCGCCUCGACGGCUCCACCAAAAUCGAACAACGGCAAAUCCUUACCGACAGAUUCAACACGGACCCGCGCAUUCUUUGCUUUAUUCUGUCAUCGCGUUCUGGUGGACUAGGUAUCAACCUCACGGGCGCGGAUACUGUGAUAUUCUACGAUCUCGACUGGAAUCCCGCCAUGGACAAGCAAUGUCAAGACCGCGCUCAUCGUAUUGGACAGACGCGGGAUGUGCACAUUUACAAAUUCGUCAGCGAGUAUACCAUCGAAGCCAACAUCUUGCGCAAGAGUAACCAGAAGAGACUUCUGGAUGACGUUAUCAUUCAGAAGGGCGACUUCACGACCGAUACGUUCAACAGAGUCACUUGGAAAGAUGGGCUGGAACAGGACAUGGCCAUCGACACGUCGGACGAAGCCGGUGCAGCGAUGGAACGUGUGCUUGGCGAGAGAGCGGGCUUGCUGGGCGAUGCACGUGUCAUGGGCACGGUUGAAGACACGGAAGAUCGCAACGCGGCCUCCCUCGCGCAGAAAGAACUCGUAGAUGAGAUCCAGGAAGACCAUGUCGACUUCAAUGAGAGCUCCAACAAUGCGACGCGGGCUGCUUCCGAGGCCGCGGCGGCUGGUAACACCGGCGUAGGUAGUGGAGGCUACGGCGAUGCAGAUGCAGACGAUACCAAAGAAAGACGCCAUGUCGACGAGUACAUGCUUGGUUUGUUCAGGGAGGAGUUUGGCAAAGAACCGUAUCGCCCACCGACGGAUCGGCAGAAGCGAAAUCGUAAGGGCCAGGAUCCGUAUGUCAGGCAUAGGAAGAAGAAGUAUUAGGUUUGACUCGUUCUUUGCUCUUCCUGGAUCCGGCAAGGUGUAAAAAUCGGCGUUCUGGAGACCAAAAAAAAAGUACCUGUAUUAGUAGAUUGUAAUGAUGAAUGUAUGGCGCGAGCAUAUGCAUUAGUUGGCGUUAAAUGGGAUAGGGUAGGGUGUAUUGUGUAUAGAGGAUGCUAUAUCUGCAUUCAAUGAACGUGUUGUAAACUUUCCACUUGAAAGUUCAAAGUUUUUUUUUUGGCAACGAGCAA